UAUUGUCUUACAGCUUAGUUACAGGUACUUUAUCAACUUUUUAGCGAAACAAAGUGAUCAUGUGAAUGAGUGUUUUGGUCGUGGUUGAUAUACUGGAGAGCUCUACUACAAAAAGCAAUCAGAAUUUGAUAUAUUUGAAGAGAUAUAUAUAGUUUGACGGUUUUAGUUUUAGUGCAUGCCGGUUUGAAAUAUCAUCAUUGAAACUUAGUCGUCUCCACGGAAACUACAAUGUAUCGGAUCAGACUUGCCACUUUCGAUGUCACCAACACUCUACUUAAGUUUAAAAUCCCGAUUGGAGAAGAAUACUCCCAGAUAUCAAAGCUUUAUGGUAUACAGAGCGAUGCAGCUCAGCUGAACGCAGCGUUUAAAAGACAGUGGAAGAUCUUGAACCAGAAGCAUCCAAACUUUGGAGCCACAACGGGACUUGCACCGCAGACAUGGUGGGCCAGUUUGAUAGUGAGAGUAUUCCAUGAUGCUGGGUAUGAUUAUUUGGACCAAAAACAGCUUCAGGCAAUAUCUCGUCACUUAUUUAAAGCCUAUAGUACUAAAGUGUGUUGGCAGAUGCAGCGUGGAACACAUUCCCUUCUGGAGAAUCUUGCAAAGGCUAAUGUACAACUCGGUAUUAUUUCCAACUUCGACAACCGCUUACAAAGCAUUUUAUCUGAUGUAGGCCUUCUUCCUCACUUUAAUUUUGUUAUUGAUUCUUAUUCCGCCAGAGUCAAGAAACCUAGCAAAGGUAUCUUUAACUUGGCCUUGGAUCAUGUCAAACAUCUGGACAUUCUGCCAGAGCAGGCUGUUCAUAUUGGUAAUGACUUACAUGUGGAUUAUUGGGGAGCCAUAAAUGCCGGAUGGAAUGCUCUGCUUUUGACCAAAAAAGCAAAUCUUUCACCAGAAGAACUGAAGAUUGUUAAUCCAAAUGACAUUCUAAAUGAUGUAAGAGAAGCUGAGAAACAUAUACUCGAACCUGACGUUGUGAGAUUUCGAAAUCAGUUCUGAAACUGAGCUUGCUGGUUUUGUUUUGAAGGCAGAUCUGUAGAUACAGCUUACGUUUUAUGACAAGCAAAACUUCGGUGCACUGCGCUUUUAUCAAACAUUGCAUGUGCUAAGGUAGAAUAUACUAAGAAUCAACGGAUACAUUAUAAUAAUUUGAAUCACUUCAUACUGAGUAGUAGAUAAUGGAUAAGUACAGUUUUUAUCUUUUUUGAUUGCAUCUCUUUUGGUUACUGUUUCAGGUGUGUUUGAAUACCCAUAGACAAUUACCCAUUGAUUGUAUUAUUUGGGACAGCUGCGAACUGCAACUAAAUCUAUGUAGAAGAAACCAGGCGUAUGCUCGCUGAAGGCACACGAGAAUAUUGGUAUAACAAUUCGAUUAAGAAUUCGUCCCUUCAACAAAGCUGAUUAUUCCGCUUGGCCAUUUUAAAGUAAUUUCCUUUCAAUAUGCCUCCCUCAACACCAAUCAAAGGAUCGGAAUCGAAAAAUAAAUCAUUUUAAAAUUAGGUUCUAUAAAUCCUUUUGAUAAUAACGAACGGUUCAGCUUUUUAUAUUUUUUUCAAGUUAUUUCAUUCAGUUUUUCAACUUGUUCUUAUUAAAGUUUUAAUAUCUUUUCUCGCAACUUUUUUAUGCCCUUAUUUUAAAUCAAUAACUUUUCACUAUUUUCU